AUGUCUGAUAGGAGCGAGAGUGAGCUGCCCAAUGAAGCGGAGGUUCAUCAUGUAGAGGCAGUCGAGCAGCAGUCUCAGCAAGCUCCCGAGCCUGCAGUGAGCAUUGAGCCAGUCCUCGUCUUGCAAGACCAAACCCCUUCUUCGAGACCUUCACAGGUCAGGUCUCCGUAUGACCCGUCUCAUCCUAUCCCUCAUGGCCCAUCUCCACGUGCGGCUGUUCCGGCCCAGACGGAAUCACCCUCAAUAGCCAGCGCGGGAUUCCCAACAGAUGAGUUGUGUUCAAGAGCACUUAUACACAUCCUUAUGGCGGAUUAUCUCGACUUGGUCUAUCCGUUGGUCCCCGUCGUUCAUAGGCCCAGUUUCCGCCAUGAUCUGGCCACAAACCGCGACAUCACCGACCCGGAUUUCUUUGCUGUCCUAAUGAGUUUGGCCGCGCUCACAGUCGGACUGUUGCCGUCGCGGUUCCGUGACUAUAGGGCAGUUGACCCUGAAGCUGCGAUGCGCUUCGAGAACAGAACUGCAAUGAUCAAUUGCUGCGCGGAGAUAUGCACUCGACAGCGGACUGCAAACUACUGGGACCACAUCAACCAUCGGAAAUGGGCAGUAUGUUACGUCUUGUCCGUCGCCUGUUUCCAGACUGGCCAGGUUAACCGGAGCCGGAUGUUUGAUGUGGAGUAUUUGCAAGUUUCACGACUGCUCGGGCUGCAUCGCAUUUCCGAAUAUGAGGGUCUCAAUUGUAUCGAGACUCAGUUGCGGAAGAAGGCCUUUUGGAUGCUCUUUUAUGGCUAUGCAGUUCAAGCAGGCCGCUGGGAGCGGCUGACAUACUUCGGACCUGGUGAGCUACGCGAGGUCAACUACGAAGCUCUCAUGCCCCUCGACAUCGACGACGAACACAUCUUUAGAGACAGGAUCCUAGAACCCGUCUCUCCAAUGGCAUCGCAGGGCACACCAUCCGCCCACACGCAGGAAUCUCGAGCGACAUUCACACUCACCAGCGGCUUCAUCAUUCACUCUCGAGUAUUCCGUAAGGGUCUCCAGGAAGCCAUAGCCACCUUGGGCUGCGAAUGUGAACUCCGCCGCACCCCCGCCGCCCGUCUCGCGCGCAUGCGCGAUCUUCUCCAAGAGAUGAGAUACAUGCUCGACGAUGUCCCGGGUCCCAUGCGGCAAUGGGCUUCCACCGAGAGUACCGAUGCGGCCCCCAGUACGCCGCGGUUCGACGAGGAAAGGGCUGCUGCUGUGUCGAGCUAUGGUAGCCCGGCUGACUAUAGCCGUGCUACGGAAGCCGGAUCCUACUCACAGGUGAUCCAGGGCCAAGCCGAGAUCAUGAGGGCUAAUAUCCACGUCACACACCUGUGGUUGCAGAGCUUGUUGCUGGAACAGAUUGACGGUGUCACUCAAGAGGGCGCGAUCGCCAACCCCUCAACGACUGCACGUGAGGAAGUGUCAGCGGCCCUGGAAGCGAACUGGGCUGAGCGUGAGGACAUUUGUCGCCAGAUGCUCCACUUGCUACAUAGCAUCCCAUACGUUCACCUAGAGCCCAAUGGCCUGUAUUUGGCGUAUAAGGUUCGCGAUGUAGCUGUAACGCUUCUCAACUGCCCAUUCGAAACCCAUGAACGGCCCGCCCGUCGUGCGGUGGAAUACAUGCGGGACUUUACUCGCGCAUUAUCGCGGCUCGAUCGAAGUGAAAUUGUAAAUACAAAUAGUUUGAAAAGCUGGAUCGACAUAGAUCGGGAGCCUGCGAUUUGA